AUGGCCGCCAUCAAGGACGCACUCGCGUCCGCCGCCGAAAAGCUCCACAUCGCCCCCGGCUCGUCCAAGGACACGGCCACCCAGGCCACUGGCUCCGGCAUCUCUGUCUACGUCGACGAGGCAAAGGGCAGCGACGACACCGCCGACGGCUCCAAGGCCGCCCCCUACGCUACCCCGCUCGCCGCCCUCCUCGCAAAGGGCCAGAACGCAUCCGUCUUUGUCAAAAAGGCAGACGCGGCGCCGGGCGCAGACGGCGUCGAUGCCGACGGCUACGCGCCCAUCACCACCUCGGCCUCGAAAAAGGUGGCCAAGCUCUACGCCGCCGCCGUCAAGAAGCGCGAAAAGGCCCAGGAGCAGGCGCUCAAGGACAGCCAAAAGGCCGGCGACGACGACAAGAAGCUCGAGGAGAGCAAGAAGGUCGUCCUCGAGCAGCCCUCGGAGCCGGCGCGCAAGAUCAAGAUCAGCCAGGGCGCCCAGUUCCGCGACCAGCGCGUAAAGGUGUGCGGUUGGGUCCACCGCCUGCGCUCCCAAAAGGGCCUCACCUUUAUCGUGCUGCGCGACGGCUACGGCUACCUGCAGUGCGUCCUGUCGGGCAAGCUGACCCAGACCUACGACGCCCUCACCCUCACCACCGAGAGCACCGUCGAGAUCCACGGCCACAUCAAGGCGCUCCCCGAGGGCAAGACGGCGCCCGGAGGCCACGAGCUCGUGGCCGACUACUGGAAGUGCAUCGGCAAGGCGCCUGGAGGCGACGAGGCCUUUACCAACGUCGUCGCCGAGACGGCCGACCCCAACAGCCUCGCCGACCGCCGCCACCUCGUCAUCCGCGGCGAGACGGCCUCGGCGGUGCUCAAGGUGCGCAGCUACGUGCUGCAGGCCUUCCGCGCCGAGUUUGAGGCGCUCCAGCUCACCGAGGUGACGCCGCCGUGCAUGGUCCAGACCCAGGUCGAGGGCGGCUCGACGCUCUUCAGCUUCGACUACUACGGCCAGCCGGCCUACCUCACCCAGAGCUCGCAGCUCUACCUCGAGACGUGCCUGCCCUCGCUCGGCGACGUCUUCUGCGUCCAGGAGAGCUUCCGCGCCGAAAAGAGCCACACCCGCCGCCACCUGAGCGAGUACACGCACCUCGAGGCCGAGCUGGCGUUCCUGUCGUUUACCGACCUGCUCGAGCACCUCGAGCAGAUCAUCUGCGGCACCCUCGAGCGCGUCCUGGCCAACCCGCAGGCCAAGGCGCUCCUCGAUCAGCUCAACCCGGAUUUCAAGUUCCCCAGCCGCCCCUUCCGGCGGAUGGACUACAAGGAGGCGAUCGCCUGGCUCAACGAGCACCAGAUCCCCAACGAGGACGGCGAGGCGCACAAGGUGGGCGACGACAUUGCCGAGGCGGCCGAGCGCAAGAUGACCGAUGCGCUCAACGUGCCCAUCUUCCUCACGGGCUUCCCGCGCGAGAUCAAGUCGUUCUACAUGAAGCGCAUCGAGGGCGACGAGGGAUUCACCGAGUCCGUCGACGUCCUCAUGCCCGGCGUCGGCGAGAUUGUCGGCGGCAGCAUGAGGAUGUCGGACCAGGCCGAGCUGCUCGCCGCCUACAAAAACGAAGGCAUCGACGCCGCCCCCUACUUUUGGUACACCGACCAGCGCAAGUACGGCACCUGCGAGCACGGCGGAUACGGCCUCGGCGUCGAGCGCUUCCUCGCCUGGCUCACCAACAGGUGGACCGUCCGGGAAGCCAGCCUCUACCCGCGCUGGACCGGCAGGUGCACGCCCUGA